AUGGCCCAUCUCAUUCCAACUACGUCAGAUACAGUCUCACGUGAUUUGCUUUUUUCUUCGGGCGGUGAAGGUUGCCCUCGCCGGAACGCAACGCGGCAGAAUCAGCGGUCACUCGCUUCUGUUGCUGCACCCCAUCUGAGCGAUCUGCUGCUUUUGUCUGCUGAAACCCCCUCUUUCGGCUGUGAUUUCCCAUCCUUGAUCAUUGUUUUGGUCUUUAUUACGAUCCCUGGCCACUUCUUCAUGCCGUCAACCCCCCUGCGACUCGGUACGCUCGUCUUGUCCGCUUCCUAG